CAACAGACGGCGCACAAAAUCUCCAAACUACCUUCCACCAUUUUCAUUUUUAUUCUCUUCAUUAAUUCUUGUUCGGAGAAACCUCCGACUUUGGAGGCGAUUCCGACCGACCCAGUUUCCGUUUGCUCCACUUGUUGGUUCCUCAUUCGCCCUACUUUGGGUGAUUGAUAUUAACCAAAUUGGCAAAUUAUUUCUCUCUCAAAGUUUCUUUUUUUUUUUAAGUAGUAACUGUGUUGAAGAGUUGGUUUUUUUUAAGGGUUUUCAGGGUUCUGUUUGUCGAAUUUUUUUUUUUUUGGUUUUGGGUUUUUGUUUGUGGGUUGUUUUGAUUGAAUUUUUUUCCUAAAAGGGUAAAAGAUCUAGUGGUGGUGGUGGGAUCCAGUCAUGACUGCUGGGGGUGAUGUUAAUCAGUUGAUCUCUGUUCAACCCAAUGAUCUCAAGUUCAUUUUUGAGCUCGACAAACCGAGUUUUUGUAAUCUUCAAGUUACCAACAACACAGAACAUCACGUGGCGUUUAAGGUUAAAACGACUUCACCUAAGAAGUACUUUGUUCGACCGACCACCGGUAUCCUAUUGCCUCAUGACUCCUGUGUUAUUAGAGUCACUCUCCAACCAAAACGGGAGUAUCCUCCCAAUAUGCAAUGCAAGGACAAAUUUUUGCUGCAAAGUACUAUCGUGCCUAGAAACACCAACACGGACGAUUUUCCGGCAGAUACUUUCAAUAAGGACGGUACUAGGGAGAUACAAGAGUGCAAGCUUAAAGUGAUCUACGAAACGAAUUCGGACGAUGGUGGAUUUAACAGCUUCACAUCACAAAGCCCUGAUUCGACCACGGCCAUACAACACCUUAAGGACGAAAGAGACACAGCGGUUCGCCAAACGGUGCAACUGCAACAAGAGCUGGAUUUUCUGAAGAGGCAAAGAAAACGUAGCAAUGGCUCCAGUUUCUCUUUUGUGUUCGCGUCAUUAGUGGGAUUGAUCGGGAUAACGGUCGGUUUUCUGUUAAAUCUUUCGUUGGCUUCGCCGUCGACGGCAUGAAUAUACGCUGCCAUUUACCGAGUGUGUAGGAACCAGUAAAUUUGUUCAACAUUUCAUUGUAUAAUGCUGAAUCAUGUUGUAAUAUGUUUGAUCUUUCUCCAUAGUAUGUCUUUGAUCAGCUUUAUUUCAUUCAACUCAUAAGUUGGAAUGUUACUUAGAGCAAAGUUCUCAGUAAAUUAUACCUAAUACAAGUAAAUUUGAAAA